AACCUACUUUGCGGGCCAGGAGCAGCAGGUCCGGCUCAUCUACCAGGGUCAGCUGCUGCAGGAUGACGCUCGGACCCUGGCCUCCCUGAACCUGGUCCAUAACUGUGUCCUUCACUGUCACAUCUCUCAGCACAUGUCUAGGGGGGCCGCGGGGGGCCCGCGUGCCACCGACCAGGUCCAGGUGGCCCUGAACGUGGGCAGCCUGAUGGUCCCCCUGCUGGUUCUGAUGCUGUCCGUCCUGUGGUACUGUCAGAUCCAGUACAGACAGUUCUUCACUGCCCCCGCCACCGCCUCGCUGGUGGGCAUCACCAUCUUCUUCAGCCUGGUGGCCUUUGGAGUCUACCGCCGCUAGCUGCUCUCUGAUUGGCUGCUGCUGUGGACAGCUGCUAGCUGCUCUCUGAUUGGACAGGGAGUGUAGUAUGUUUCCGUUGCCAUGGACAUCAUCAUGUAAACAAGGACUUAGGGUGGUAACCCUGGAUUUUUUAGAUUCUCAUCAUUGUGCCUCAAAGACUGUUAGGUCUGUGUGGAUGCAGCACACCUGUCUGUUCCACACCUGUCUGUUCCACACCUGUUCCACACCUGUUCCACACCUGUGUGUUCCACACCUGUCUGUUCCACACCUGUCUGUUCCAC